AUGACUUUUUCUGGCCCAAUCUUAGUAACUGGUGCUACCGGGUUCAUUGGAGCUCACUGUGUUGGAAAGUUGUUGGAGCGGAAUUACAAAGUUAAGGCUCAUUCGAGAUCCAUGGAGAAAUAUUUGAGAUUGGUUUCUAGUGUUCCUGAAAAUCAAAAGCAUUUGCUCGAACCUGCAAUUUUCUCCGAUAUAACCCAUGAGGAGGAAUUGGCUGCCAAUUUGGAAAAUUGCACUGGUGUAAUCCACCUCGCAUCUCCAUUCAAAUUCAACGUGGAGGAUUUCGUAGCUGAUUUGCUUGUGCCAGCUCUCAAGGGUACGGAGGCCGUUAUGAAAGCUGCUAACAGGAAUAAAUCUGUUCAGAGGGUCGUAUUGACGUCAUCGUUUGCUGCAGUCUACGAUGCUUCUCGAGGCAUUCAACCUGGUGUGGUGUUAACUGAAGAGGACUUUAGCCCUUUAACAUGGAAUGACGGGGCUACUACAGAGAGUCCAGCUGUGGCAUAUCGAGCAUCAAAAACGGUAGCAGAGAGAGUUGCAUGGGAAUUUAUGGAAAAGCAUUCACCUUCCUUUGACUUAUGUGUAUUAUGUCCAACCAUGGUAUUUGGGCCCUUAUACUCCACGAAACUCAUUGGAGGUUUGAAAGAUUUGAACUUCAGUAAUCAAAUGAUUUUGAAUUUGAUGAGGACAAGAGAAAUUCUGCCUACUACUAAUCCUGUUUGGGUAGAUGUUCGUGAUUUGGCAGAGUACCAUGUUCGAGCAUUGGAAAGUCAGGAAGCUUCAAACCAACGGUUUUUGAUUUCUGCUGGAGAUUAUGAUAAUCAGCAGAUUGCUGAUAUAUUGAGAGAAAAACUUCCAAAAGAGCUUGCUCAAAUGAUUCCUAUUGGGACACCUGGACAAAGAAUCACUGGAACCCAUUACACCACUAAUUCAUCGAAGGGAAUUCGAAUUUUGGGGGUGAAGUACACUGAGUUGGAGACCAGUGUUGUUGACUUAGCAAAGCAGUUGAUAAGUGUGGAAUAA